UCCCUUAUCCCCGGCCUUUUUCUUUGCGGAUUACCCCUCUCUUCACUCUUCACUCUUCAUUCUCCACUCUCCACUCUCCAUAUUUCCUUCACUCAAUUGCCCAUCCACCCUCAAUUAGCCCGCAUUCAAUAAUUUGAUCCGCAAACCCCGUUCACACAUCCUUUCCACAUAUCCUCAACACAGCAUGCCCAUGAAGGACGGUAGUAUCCUUUCACGGACAUCCAGCUCCACAACCACUCGUCUAGAGACAGAUAUUGCUCCCUCGCACGACCACCCUAAAGAUAAAAUCCAGCCCACAUCUACCACCAUCCUAUCAGAUAAGAAGACAGGUGUCGAGUAUGAGGCCGGGAAGGGCAACACCGACUCAAGGAGUAUAAUCGACAUCGAGAGCGGUGUUCCAGUCAACGAAGAGAAGACAGAGGAGCAGAUCCUCGCACAGGAGGUGCAGACCCUACCCAUGAAGCAGCUCCUGCCUGCGUUUUUGGGUGUCGCAUUAACCAUGUUCAUGGCUGCAUUGGACAACAGUAUCGUAUCGACAGCUCUGCCCAAGAUCGGAACCGAGUUUGCGGCGUCCAAUCAAGUAGAGCUUGUCUUUACGUGUUAUGUUAUCACUGCCAAUGCUUUUCAAGGUCUGUGGGGCCGUUGUUCCAACAUCUUUGGCCGCAAGCCUACGGUGUUUGUGGUGGUCAGCAUCUUUGUCCUCGGCUCUAUCCUUUCCGGUGCCAGCAGGUCGAUGAACAUGUUCCUCGGCUGCCGCGCCCUCGCGGGCAUGGGUGCCGGUGGUAUCUUCUCACUCUCCAACAUCAUUAUUGCGGAUCUGGUCUCGAUCCGGGACCGUGGCAAGUUCCAGGGGUUCAUCUCGGCCGUGUUUGCUAUUUCAGCGUUGGUUGGACCGGUCAUGGGAGGGGCGUUCGUGGACAAGGUCAGUUGGCGGUGGUGCUUUUACAUCCAGGUAGCCCUGGGUGCGAUCACGAUCCCGACGAUGGCGAUUAUGUUGAAGCUGCCAAGACCCAAGGGGGAUGUGUGGCAGAAAUUGGUGGCCAUUGACUGGGCAGGGACGUUCUUUAUGGCCACGACGACUGUGUUCUUGUUGUUGCCGACAAACCUUGGAGGAAACAUGUAUCCAUGGAAAUCACCAUUGAUCAUCACGUUGUAUGUGUUGGCGAUUCCUUCCAUCGCCGCGUUCCUUUACGUCGAGGCAUACUAUGCCAAGCAUCCCAUUGUUCCUUCAUAUCUUUGGAAGAACAGAAACGUCGUGACCUUGUUCGGCCUCAAUGUCUUCAUGGGCAUGACUUUCUGGACCCUGAUCUUCUAUCUCCCUAUUUAUUUCCAGAUUAUCGAACACGAGACAGCAACAGCAGCUGGUUUGACCAUGAUUCCUCUCGAGGCUGGAAUCUUCAUUUCAUCCAACAUCGCCGGCGUGCUCGUCUCAAAGUUUGGCAAGUACCGCCCUUAUGUUUUCACCGGCACUGGAAUCUCCGUCGUUGGUAUCGGUCUUUGUCUUGUCUUGGCCAAUACCUCUUCCAAGGCCAUUCAUGUUGUUGUGUUGCUCGUCUGCGGUCUUGGUAUCGGACAACUGUUCCCUUGCCUGAUUGUUGCGAUCCAGGCCUCGGUCGAGCGUCAGGAUUUGGCGACAGUCUCUGCAUUGCACAAUUUCUUCCGUAUGACCGGAUCCGGAUUCGGAGUCGCCAUUAACGGAGCCUUGUUCCAGAACCAACUCAAGAGCUCUUUGGAUCGGUCGAACGUACCUGCAGAAUACGUCGAAAUGGCUGUGUCAUCCGCACAGAGGAUCGUCAACAUCCCAAUUGAGUUCCGGGGUGAGGUCGAGGGUAUUUAUCUGAACAGUAUGAAGACCGUCUUCAAGGCCACGAUUCCUAUGGCGGCGAUCAUGUUCCUGUUAACGUUCAACUUGAGACAUAUAAGACUGAACUCCAAGACAGGAGCUGCUCCAAGUCGUGCUUCAUCGCCGCCACCAGCAACGACAAUAAUGGAGGAGGAAAAGAUAGCUGUGAUGGACGAGAAGGAUCUCGAGGGCCAACGCGGUGCGGCGGUCAGCAGCAGCCUGAACGGUGGAAGCAAAGAGGAGUUUGUUGAAGAGAAUCAAACUGAAUCUAAAAAGAGCGCGCUGCGAUGAGAUGCGCACGCGCUUGAUUGACUAAUACGCUUGCACCUCCAUUUUCGCAUUUCUAUUGUAGUUGUAGUUUUUCUCUCUAAUAAACUCGAGUAAUUCUUAGUAGAAAGCCUCGUGUUUACGUGAUCUAACCUUGCUGGAAAGGGGGGAGGGAAGAACAUAAUAAGUCAUUUUCGUGCGCAACCUGCGCACGACGAUCCCUUUCUCACCCUCUCUCUUAUUCUAAUCGAGUGGGACAUGCUCUUGGUCGGUGGAAUGGGCCGAUGGAACACUUUACUAUGCUACAGCCCACGUAGAUGCAUGACCAUGCGGGCAAAAAGAUGUAUGAAUGCAUCGAAUGGGCACAGAUCGCAUGUGGCGUUGGGAAUGUCACUUUGCUCUGUGUUCUUG